UACGACGUCUUCGACGGCGUGAAUAAGUAGUGCCGUGAAAAUGAUUUCGAAUUUUCACUCAAAAAUAAUUAUCUACUUAAUUGUCUCAUUAUUUUCUGCGUCAUCCGGCUUUAAGACUAAACUGACGAUCGGAGGUCUGUUCGACACGGAGUACGAUAAAUUGGAGCAAAAUUUUCGAUGUGCGAUUCAAGUGGUAAACAGCGAAAUAUUAGUUAAUAACAGUAUAAAACUAGAAGCUAGCACAUCUCGAAUAACGUACGGGAAUGAGUUUGCAGCGUCUAAAAGUCUGUGCGAUCUACUCCAGACCAGAACGGCAGCUGUUAUCGGACCAUCCGCCCCAUCCACAUCCAGUCACUGUAUGAACAUUUGUGACGCCAAAGAAAUACCGUACAUUGAUGUCAAUUUGGACCCAAAUACCAAACAGCCUGUGAUCAAUCUUCAUCCUCAUCCCGAAGCUUUGGCACAGAUGUUUGUUGAUAUCGCCAAUGCUUCCAAUUGGAAAGGAUUUACUGUCGUCUAUGAAUCUGCGCCAUGGCUUCCAAGAAUGGCAAAACUUCUGAAACUGUACGAUCCCAAGUCGUACACAAUCACCCUGAGACGAAUUAAUGUUGGACUGCACAAAACAAAUUUUCGGCCAGUACUUCGACGGGUGAAAGUGUCUGGUGAAACGAACAUUGUAUUGGAUUGCUCAAUUGAAACGUUGCCUGAACUGUUGAAACAGGCGCAACAAGUGGGUCUAAUGACUGAAAACCACCAAUUCAUAAUAACUACCAUGGACAUGCAUACCAUCGAUUUGGAACCGUAUCAAUUCAGCGGCACAAAUAUAACGGCGAUUCGCCUCGUCAAUCCCGCCAGUCCCAUGAUGGGACACAUUACGAAAUGUCUGGACGAAUCCACGGAAAACAACGGUGAAUAUGAAUCAUUUAGGAACGACCCGUAUGGAAACGAUGAUGAAGAGAGAUCAGAAAGUCUGACCACUUCAACAACGAUAAGUGUUCAGGCGGCUCUAAUAUUCGAUGCAGUCUUGCUUCUGGCUGAAGCAUUUAAACAGUUCGAUCCGAGGCAUCUGCGCCCGAAAAUGCUGAAUUGUAAUGACAACGCAGCGUGGGACAUUGGCAACAGCAUAGCGAACUUCAUGCGAAAUACGAUCGUUGAAGGACUGACCGGAGAAAUUAGGUUCGAUAACCGCGGCUAUCGAUCGCAUUUCGCUGCCGAUGUAAUUGAACUAACGUCAUCCGGUAUUGCCCAAGUGGGUACGUGGAAUGCUACACUCCCUGAUCGACUGAACAUUACACGCCAUUUGGAUGGGGAAUUCGUUACAGAAAUUGACGAUGGUUCGAUGAAAAACAAGACCUUCAUUGUCCUUACAGCGCUGUCUCCUCCAUACGGAAUGCUGAGAGAUUCAACCCUCAAAUUGUCUGGCAACGAUAGAUUCGAAGGUUUCGGCAUCGAGCUGAUACAUGAGCUGUCGCUGAUGUUCGGUUUUAAUUACGAAUUUCAACUGCAGGAGGACAAAGAUUACGGAGUGAAGAAUAAUGCGACGGGAGAAUGGUCUGGAAUGAUGAGGGAACUGAUUGAUGGGCGCGCUGAUUUGGCUAUAACUGACUUGACGAUUACGUCAGAGCGUGAGAGUGGCGUGGACUUUACUAUGCCUUUUAUGAACUUGGGGAUAUCGAUCCUCUACCGGAAACCAAAGAAAGAACCGCCGUCCACAUUUUCGUUCAUGGCUCCAUUCUCCACUGAAGUCUGGCUAUACUUGGGUGGUGCAUAUUUGGGCGUGUCGCUUUGCUUGUUCAUUUUGGGACGCAUCUCGCCAUCGGAAUGGGACAAUCCCUAUCCAUGCAUUGAGGAACCGACGGAAUUGUUAAAUCAAUUUAGUUUCAGUAAUUCGCUGUGGUUCAGUACCGGUGCUCUAUUACAACAGGGAUCCGAAAUUGCGCCCAAAGCUCCAUCGACCCGGGCCGUGGCAACGACUUGGUGGUUUUUUACACUGAUUAUGGUGUCAUCGUACACUGCAAAUCUUGCGGCUUUUCUUACAGUCGAGAAUAAAGAGUCUGCGAUUAAAGACGUUGAGGACCUGAAAAACUGUCAUCUUCCAGAAACAGAGUGCCCAGUAGAGUUUGGUGCAAAGAAGACCGGCAGUACCAUCAAUUUUUUCAAGGAAUCGGAUCACUCGACAUACAAAAACAUGCACACUUACAUGAUGAGCCAUCCCGAGUUCCUUACUGACGACAAUAACCAAGGCUUGGAAAGGGCCAAGACCGGCAAAUAUGCUUUUCUCAUGGAAUCGUCGUCAAUUGAAUAUUUCAUUGAACGUAACUGUGAUCUCACGCAAGUGGGCACACCGUUGGACGAGAAGGGAUACGGCAUCGCAAUGAGAAAGGACUCGGUUUACAGAAGUGCCCUCAGCGAAGGCGUUUUAAGGCUGCAAGAACAGGGAAAAUUAACGUCAAUGAAAAAUAAAUGGUGGAAGGAAAAGACGAAAGGAACUGUUUGCGUGGAAAAAGAAACAGGAGAGGCACAAGAACUAAAUAUGGAUAAUAUGAAAGGCGUGUUUUACGUACUUCUCACCGGAAGCGCAUUCGCCAGCCUGUACGCUGUAAUCGAAUGGUUGAUCAUCAUUUUAUUGCAUGCAAAGCGAGACAACGUGCCAUUCAAACAGGAACUUAUGGACGAAAUGAAAUUCAUUAUCAAGUGCAGUGGUAAUACGAAAACUGUUCGACAUCGCCAAAGUACGUCCAUGGAUUCAAGACAUUCAAUCGAAUCGGAGGGAUCGGGUUCUUCGAAGGACAGCAAUAGACAUUAUGGUGAUAAAUAAUUACAAACAGAAAGAGAAUUUUUGCUGUAAAUUAUUGGAGUUUAAUAAACCGUGAAAGAUGCACAC